AUGAGCUCGUUUACGCUAUUUGACGCAGUGGAAUCUCUGUUCGGUAGGAUCCGUGAGUCUAUUGUCGCUAACCACCAAGCCGGUGCAGAAACAGCUGAUCUUUGUAAUCUGCACCUGUUGGAGCUGGAAGCGCUUUUUGGACACCGUCUGCUACUUCGAGCGAUCGAAAUAAUUGAUGGAAAGCAGCUGAUUACCCUUUAUCGCACACCGGACGGUGAUUCUGCUCUGGUUGAAGUUCCUGGGUCGCAACUAGGCACGGUGUACAAAGUUUUCCCACAUAUCAAUUUCUGCGCGUGCGAAUCGUUUAGAGGAAACGUGUUGAGUGAAAACAACCAACCCACUUGUAAGCACGUGUUAGCUGCUCGGUUAGCUCUCAUACUUGGUAAAACGACAGAGAAAGUCCUUUCCGAAGAUACGCUUAUUAGCCUGAAGCAAAAUUUUGCAAAGGAUUGUUUUAAACAAACUUCGAAACACUAA